CUUGAUGCCUGUGAGUACUUGUCUCUCCUCUCGUGUCCGAUCUCCUGGGCUGUGGACGUGUUGAUAACCUCCACCGUGUCUCGUCUCUGCGCGCAGCAAGGCGAUCGCCACGCCUUUGGGGAGUCACUUUGGCACGGCGUCAGCUCACCCACAGUGUCCGUUCUCUCUCCUCUAGGGAUUUUUUUCCCCUUACUCCACGCAAGAGGAACAUUUUCCCCCUGCACAUCAAUCACGCACGCCGCGCUGCUUGUUUGGAGUGCGAUCGUGCUGCUGCGUGGACGUAAAAUAAUUUGGGGAGGAUAUCUGGAGGUGCACUCGUAUUUAUAUCGGAUAGCUACACGUCGGAUCAAGAAUGGGGCUUGCAGCGUAGUGGUGCUAGGAAUGCCCCAGACUUUGUGCUCAGGCACCAUGUUCACCACUCCUAGUGGCUUCAGCCCCCAUCUGGCCUGCGCUGAGCCUGAGGAGGAGGAGGAGGCUGCACAGGAGGGCCAGGGGCCCGCAGCUUGUCUGGCUGAUGGGCCCCCCAUCAGCUCUGCCUCACUGGAAACCCUCAUCCAGAAUCUCGUGCCUACUGCUGACUACUACCCCGAGAAAGCCUAUGUGUUUACGUUCCUGCUGAGCGCCCGUCUGUUCAUCGCUCCCCCGGAGCUGCUGGCCCGCGUGUGUGAGCUGUGCAUCAAGCAGCAGCAGCUGGACCAGAGCCCACUUGAUUCGGCAAAAGUGCGCAAGUUUGGUCCUAAGAUCCUGCAACUGCUCACAGAGUGGACGGAGACAUUCCCCUCUGACUUUAAGGAGGAGAAGAUGGUUGGACUCCUGAAAGACAUCAUCCACAGGAUAGCUCCCUGUGAUGAGGCCUACUGGAAAACUUUGAACCAGGUGCUCCAGAAGCUGAGCCAAAGGCUGGCCUUGAUGAGUCAGGGGGAGGAGAGCAUCAUCAAGGUCUCCCUGAAUGCCUCCUACAUCUCUGACAAGCUCGUGGCCUUCAAGACCAAGCCCCCGCCCAUCCAGAAGGACAUGCUCUCCAUCUGCAAUGACCCUUACACACUGGCUCAGCAGCUCACCCACGUGGAACUGGAACAUUUGGCUCAUAUUGGACCGGAGGAGUUUGUUCAAGCGUUCGUUCAGAAAGACCCCAUAGAUGGAACCCGGCAACAACCGUGCUUUGGUGACCAGAAGAAAACCUCCAACCUGGAAGCGUAUGUCAGGUGGUUCAACAGGCUCUGUUAUCUGGUAGCGACUGAGAUCUGCAUGCCUGCAAAAAAGAAGCAGAGGGCCCUUGUGAUAGAGUUUUUUAUAGAUGUGGCCAGAGAGUGUUUCAACAUCGGAAACUUCAACUCACUUAUGGCCAUCAUCUCGGGUAUGAAUAUGAGUCCUGUGUCGAGACUGAAGAAGACCUGGGGCAAAGCCAAGACUGCUAAGUUCUUCAUUUUAGAGCAUCAGAUGGAUCCUACAGGAAACUUUUACAACUACAGGACCGCGCUGAGAGGUGCCGCCCACCGCUCUCGGACGGCCAACAGCAACAGAGAAAAGAUCGUGAUCCCUUUCUUCAGCCUUCUUAUUAAAGAUAUUUACUUUCUGAAUGAAGGAUGUGCCAAUCGACUUCCCAACGGCCAUGUUAACUUUGAGAAAUUUGUGGAGCUGGGCAGACAAGUUGGGGAAUUCAUGAUCUGGAAGCAGAUGGAGUGCCCCUUUGAGGAGGAUCAGACCAUUCUCCAUUACCUCCACACUGCCCCCAUCUUCAGUGAGGAUGGACUCUAUCUUGCAUCCUAUGAGAGUGAGAGUCCAGAGAACCAGGUCGAAAAGGACAGGUGGAAAGCGCUCAGGUCAAACGUUCUGGGAAAGACAUGAGGCACUGAUGGCAGCUUGUCCUCUCGCCAGCGAGGGAGCGCAUGUUCUCAUUGCACUAUAAUGAACUAUGAAGGAACCAAGCUGGUACUUAGGUGUUUUCUAUGAAGACAAGAUGAAAUAAGAAAAAAAAGGAUGAUGAACAGGAUUCAUCAAGUUUAGGGUGUGAUGAAGAAAAAAAGAUGUGAAAAUAAUGAAGCUACUGAACAUAUAAUGACAUAGUUCCAUGAUGAGGAUGUUCAUUUACCAUUUACUCCGUGGAGGCGUGUUUACGACCACGGAGAGUACAGUUACAGGGAAAACUACUUUAUAACGUGAAAUUCCUACUGAUGCUGUUGUUAUUUUGGUAUUUGCUUCUCUCUCUUUUUCUCUCCAUCUUAGGUCCAGAGCCUCGAUAGCUAUUUUGUUUGAUGUUUUCCUUACGUUGUCAUGUACUGUAAUGAAACUUUCCAUGAUGUGAAGGGCGCUGGCUUGCCCAUAUCGGCCGUUCAGUUUUAUACUGUUGGUCUACUGUAGUGAAGGAAUUACUGCGUGUGCCUGGGAGGAUCGCGAAGUAUUUUAGUGUGUGCGUGUGUGUGUACGUUCUCCACAUGAAGCAUCCAUGUCAGCUGAGAUUAUCUAUUAUAAGAAUGACUGGAAAUUCUUAUUUAAUUUUCUUGUUUGUUUGUUUUAAAAUUAUUAUUUAUUGUGUUUUUUUUGUGUGGCUGGGCGGGGUAAUAUGUGCUGCUGGAAAAGUGUUUACUCCUUUCAGAUGUGUUGUGCCAUGAGUGCGGGAAAACUACCGGUACAGUUACCUUAGCCAAGUGUGUACAUUCGACCCCGCCCAUCUUUCUGCUCCUCAGGAAGUCUUUUCUCAUGACUGAUGUUCAGUUGUCUGAUUAUAUUUAUGGAGAUUUCUGUGCUGACAGAUGUAUUGUUUUAUUGUACUUUAACUUUGUUUAAUAUGAAGUGAUACGGCGUGUUAUACAGUGGGUUAUUUCUUCAAGGGGCAUUAGGCGAGUUCACCUUGUGACUACUAGCGCAAGCUGUCAGUGAUGAUGCAGUGUUGUAUGCUAAAGAAGGACAGACAGUGUUAAGUAACGAAGGGAAAUUGUGCCAUAUGAAUUUAAGAUUAAGAUAUCCUUUAUUUGUCCCGCAAUGGGGAAAUUACAAUCAGAAUUCAGAAAGGAAAAACGCUGGGUAGGGAGAGGGGAAAAAAAAAACACGCUCGAACUAUCCUCUCCCAAGGAUAAUUUAAGUCCAGGAUAAAAAAAAGACCCUAGCACAUAAAUAAGCAUAUGACAGUUACAACAAGUCACAAGACACAACAUGUAAUAAGGGGGGAGGAUGAAUGGGAGGAGGAACGCGGGGUAACCGCGACGCGGCCGAAAUGACCAGCUGCACGGUCACCGUUGCGCUCCGCAUAUCGAACCACGUCACGGGGGAAAAAGAAUCGGAGCGAUGAAGACGGUGAUAACAAGGAUGUGUAUGCGCGUGUGCUCGUCCAGUCGUGUAUGUGUAUGCGUGUACAGGUCAUAGCUGCUUCGUCGAGGUCUGCUCAUCAUGAAGACAGUCCCGGCUUAUCAGUCCAUGGCCGAGAAGGAGGGGGGUGGUGGUGGGGGCCCUAGACUCCAUGCGCACUUCAAUCCAGGGGAAAGGCCAGAUAGUGUUUGUUUUGGAGGGACGGCCGCCAACAAUUCCAGACAGCCUUGAGUCCUUGGUCUGUAUCUCCUCACUGGCGCCAAUCAGUCGGAUCCGAAAAUUCUUUCCGCAGCGUGGAUUCCAACUUCUCCAUGGUGUUGUCGAUCGCGCGGAGUUGCUCCAAAACCGCAACAAUAUUGCGGUUGGCUCAGUCACCGCUUGAGUCUGAGUGUUGGACAUUCGCGCCAAGCCAUCCAGAGUGACCGGCAGCUUGUUCACUUCCAAUAGAGCCGCUCCCAUCGGUUGAAUUUUGCGAUAGAACAGAAAGCUGCCAACACCAAACAGCAGCAUACCUGUUAUCAAAAGGCCAAUGAUGUAGAUGUCUUCCACAUCCUCCACGGACAGUACUGUCAGGCACACCAGUCUCCACUUUCUCCAUGGAUCCAGGGCGUAUCCGGCAGCAAGUGUCCCCAGAGGGCAAGCAGGCUCCUAACUGCCCGCUCUUUUCGUUGAAAAAAAUUUUGUCGAUUACAUCGAGAGACCAGCCAACUAAUUCCAUGGUUAGUUCUUCAGAUGAAAAAUUCGGUAGGGGGCUGGGAAAAAAGUUAGACAAAGAUGGCACAAGGACUAAGUGGCGAGCACGGAAAAGGUGGGGUGAGGGCAGGAGGAGCAGUGCAAAAAGUGUCCGCCUUCGUCGACAGCCAAGCAGAAAAGCCUUAAUGGUUCAGGUUUAUCUUGGGUUAGGUGUGAUUGUUUGGUGGGUUUGUUUUCGGUCUUUUUCUCAUGCUUUUUGGAGCUCUGUGAAGAUGUCCGAAUCGGGGAGUGAGCGGAACCAGUGUAAUUAGAAGCAUUUCGAAACCACUCGCUUCUUUGUUAUAGCUUGAUGUCAAUACUUUCUCCUAAGACGCACCAUUUCUUCUCCGUAAGACUGGUCCAUAAACUUUCCCUGUCACCUAUAGGUCAUAUAUAAUAACCACAGAUGUGGCGUCCAACCUAAGGUCGGUUUUGAUUACAUUUAUCCUGGGAUUUAGAUGACAAUCACCUACACAUCUAUUGCAUUCAUCUUUACAGCAAGUACCAAGCACCAGUGUUUUCAUUUAUUUAGGUCAAACUGAAACCGUUAUGAUUCCAGCAUCACUGCAAAAUGUGUGUUCCUUAAAACCUUUAAUAAAGUAAGCCAUGCUCAU